AAUUCUUGCUGGCCGAUGGAAAGUUGGCCUGCGUGUCGCUCGUACCAUAGGAAUUUAAACGGGGAUAUAGGUAUAAGAACACGGAGACGGGGAGUCGUUCGCGGUAGUGUGAGGCAUAAACGCGCCGGCACCACACCCAGCGUGACCACCAUUGCGACACGAGACACACGGGACACGGCCAUGCGCGUCGCGGUGAUCUUGUUGGCGUGCGUCACUGCGCUAACCUCGGCCCAAUACAACCAGGACGUAGACAAUUUGUCGCCGAAGGGCUUGCCAGCAACCUUGCGUUCGGCCCGUUUCCAGAGGCUGCCAUCUGCCCGACCGGUACUUCCGACUCAAGCUGCAAUCGCUCUCGCGAAUCAACGGAUUCGACGGCCUAUCACGUUUAAACCCAAGGGAUCGGAAGAUUCGAUAGCGACGGGACCAGGAUCGUUCACGCCGAUCAAACCACUUCGACCUUUACCGAUUUUACCCAGCGCACCGUCGCCAGCCCCGCCUCAGGUGAGACCAGUUAACGAGGAACCGGAGGAGGACACCCGAAACCGUGACAGCCAAGACGACGAAAAUUCGGAUUUGAGCGACGAGCCGUUGGACAGUCAAGAGGAGAGCGAAGAGAACUUGCCGCGGAAUAUUGCGAACCUCGGCUCGAUAUCAAGAACUUCUAACAUAGGCCCAUCGGCGCAGCCUGUGCAAUAUCGUCCACUUUCGGCAGCGGGAGGUCCUAUCGGAAGAGGAAGCAUAACACCGGCCACUCCGGCACCCGCACCUGUUCAAUAUCGACCGACGCCGAAGCCGACCAAGCCGAGGAAACCGGUGGAGGAAUCGUACAAGCAACAGGUGAAACCGCCCACGAAACCGGUGAAGACCGAGCCUUACGACGCUCGUGGAAAGAAGCCCGUGGCGCAAAUCAUCAGACGAUAUCGGAACGAUAAUGCGGACGGCUCGAUCACCUGGGGCUUCGAAAACGACGACGGCUCUUACAAAGAAGAGCUGAUCGGGGUCGACUGCAUUACCAGGGGCAAAUACGGGUACAUCGAUCCGGACGGUAAUCGUCGGGAAUACACCUAUGAGACGGGUAUCAAAUGCGACGAGCAGCAGGAAGAAGAAGACAAUGGGUUUGUGGAUUAUCACGAGAACAAGCUGGUACUUCCCGAUGGUAAAACCAUAGAUUUGUCAACCAUGGGGAAGAAACAGUCUCGCAGACCCCGUCAAUUCUAACAGAAUUAAAAUUACUACUUUUAUUUGAUCGAAAAGAUACUCGCGAAAUUUUUCUUUUAUUUACUUAUUUGGUAGUGCAUGAGGUAGCAGUUUGGAGAAGUUGAUAAUAACUAGACUGAGGAUUUUCAUUUAUUUAUAAAGAUCGUAAAUGUAUCGAAUUUUGAACAGUGCAUUCGAUGUGAGGAAAUAGGAGUAUCAAAAUCGAAGCAUACGCAAUGAUCCUCAUAUUCCAACGCAUUUCAAAAGGAAAUAACUUUUCUAAUAUUAGACGAAAUAAUUGAAUUUUCUGUGGGACGUUAGAAGCCUUAGUUUACUGAUGUUUCCUUGUCAGAUAAAUCGAAGAAUUUCUACUGAUAAAAAUCGUCAGUCUAAUUAUUAGCAAUUAUGAAGAUAGUAACAACAGCCAUUCAAGUAGUAACAUCGAAUGAUUUCUAUUUUAUUAAGUAUCAAUCUAGUAAAUACAAACUCCGUCGUGAUCACCAUCGAAUCGAUGUUAUCCAAAAUAUGUAAUUAGAAUUAAUUAGUACGUAUCAUAUCGUGUAAAUAUAAAUGUAGGUACCUUUAUCGAGUUCGUCGAAUAAAACUAACGAAAAUAGAA